UUAAAAGACACUUGUGGUUUUCUUUACACUUUGCUCUCGCUCUUGCUCUCUCACCCUGCGUUAUCGUUCGUGCGUGCGCUUCUCGAACAAUCUCCUCUUACCGAUCUCAUCACUUUUGCUGAAUUUUUAUCCAGGGAAAUCAUGAGUGACGAAGGAGAAAGGACUUGUCCUCUCUGUGCAGAAGAGAUGGAUUUGACUGAUCAGCAAUUGAAACCAUGCAAAUGUGGUUAUGAGAUAUGUGUCUGGUGUUGGCAUCACAUACUGGAUAUGGCUGAGAAGGAUGACACAGAGGGACGAUGCCCUGCGUGUCGUUCUCCGUAUGAUAAGGAAAAGAUUGUUGGGAUGGCUGCAAACUGUGAGAGACUGGUGGCUGAAGUUCAUAUGGAAAAAAAGAUGAAAAACCAGAAAGCAAAGUCUAAAUCAUCUGAAGCACGGAAGCAGCUCAGUAGUGUGCGAGUAAUUCAGCGGAACCUUGUUUACAUAGUGGGCUUGCCUCUCAAUCUGGCUGAUGAAGAUCUUCUCCAGCAGCGAGAAUAUUUUGGUCAGUAUGGGAAGGUCUUAAAAGUCUCGAUGUCUCGUACAGCUGCUGGUGUUGUUCAGCAGUUUCCAAAUAGUACAUGCAGUGUAUAUAUUACUUAUUCAAAGGAAGAAGAAGCAAUUCGAUGCAUUAAAAAUGUACAUGGAUUCGUUUUGGAGGGUAGACCUUUAAGGGCUUGCUUUGGAACCACUAAAUAUUGUCAUGCAUGGCUCAGAAACAUGCCUUGCAGCAAUCCGGAUUGUCUAUAUCUGCAUGAGAUUGGCUCUCAAGAGGAUAGUUUCACUAAAGAUGAAAUAAUUUCAGCAUACACUAGAAGUCGUGUUCAACAAAUUACUGGUGCUGCUAACAACAUGCAACGUCGCACUGGUGAUGUGUUGCCACCUCCCUUGGAUGAUUGCACAGAUACUUCAUCAGGGAAACCAACUGUGAACAAUGUGACCACGGUUAGCAUUGUUAAAGGUUCACCUCCUAAUGGGAGUUCUGGGAGACCUAUAUCUCUUUCUGCUGCUGCAUGGGGUACGCGGGCUACAAAUUGUCAGCCAGCUGCUGGUGGUUUAUUAUGUGCAAAUGGAUUGUCCAGGCCUAAACCUGAUACAAUCAACAACACACUACCCAUUUUGUCUGCUGUUGAGGCUUCCUUAAAUGGUGAUGUGACAAAGAGACCACCGUCAAGUGAUGGGAGUCAUAGCAUCACUGUCGGGGUAAAAGAUGAAUUAUUGAAACCUGAUAAACAAUAUAGUAGCAUGGAUAACAAUUCUAGAGCUGGUGAAAGAACUUCAGCUUCUGAUGUUCGUUUUUCACCUAUGAAAUUGAACAACCAGUUGUCUUCUCUACCAUUACCCAAAGAUGGUGAUAGAGGCAGUUGUACUGCUAUGAAUGCACCAAAUUCUAUUGAUAUUACUGGACAAUCAUGCAGCUUUGGUUCUGAGGAAGCAAUUAUUUCUACCAGUGAAGAAACUGAUAAUUUGUCUUGUAAUUUGUCUUCUAUUUACAUUGAUAGAAACUCCGCAAAUGAUAACUACAGUCAACCCAAACCUAUCAGCUCAUGUGAUAACAUGUCGGCUAAACCAAUUGAAUCUCAUGAAUCACAGUAUAAUUCUGACAAACAUAGAGAUGUCAUGAUUACAAAUGCAGACACUAAAGCUGCUGCAAUAGAUAAUGAGGUUUGUAAUGUAAAGGAAUUAUGUGAUUUGUCAGUGGUUUCUCAAUCUCAAGUACUAUCAGUUAAUACUGAAGUGGAAGAUGACGUAACAACUUUUGAUAAUCAAAGACUUAAGGAUCCAGAAGUUGUUUCUUCAUAUUUGCCAAAAUCAACCAGUUUUCGUCAUGUCCCAAAUCAUUCUCAUCCACAUCUCCUGCAGCAUGGUGAAUCAUGCAAUGUUGUAAAUGCUGGUUCUUUAGAUGCCAAUUAUGAAGUUGGGGAUGACUCACUAUUACAUGCAAAUAACAUAUUAUGCAACGGAUAUUCUGAGAAAUCAAUGAGCUCUAGUUCUUAUGGUUUCCUCCAAGAUGAAAGGAAUGAACAACAUAUUGGAAGUUUAUUCAGUGAAACGGUUAGUAUCGGAAGUGAUGCUGUCAUGGACAAGGGUGAGAAUAGUAUAAUUUCAAAUAUUUUGUCCAUGGAGUUUGACGCCUGGGGUGACUCGGUAACAUCACCUCAAAGUUUGGCCAAGUUGUUGGGUGACAAAACGGACAAGCAGAAUGGCUCACUAAAAAAAUGUAGUUCUUGGAAAAUUCAAAGUAACAAUCAGUCCAGAUUUUCUUUUGCAAGACAGGAGGAAUCCAAAAUCCAAGCCAAUGUACAUGCAUCUUCUGGUGCCAUUCAACAAUAUCCAAGCAAGGGCUCACUACAUGAUUUCGUGGAAAGAGACUUUUCUUUGGACAAGCUAGGUAUCACAAAUGGCUUCCCCUCCAAUAACCUCGAAGAAUCUGGAAAUCUUGGCAGUGGUCAAUUUUUUCCUUCAAACAAUAAGCUUUCUGCUGUUUCAAGAGCACAAAUUUCUGUACCACCAGGAUUUUCUGUACCAAACAGGGCACCACCUCCUGGUUUCUCUUCUCUUGAGAGAACGGGGCACGCUUUUGACUCUGUUUCUGGGAAUUCGUUGCGUGACCCUUCUUUCUUACUGCGAAAUUCAUAUCAAACACCCUCAAAUGGAAAUAUCGGUGGUCCAGGAGACAUUGAAUUUAUGGAUCCUGCUAUUUUGGCAGUUGGUAAAGGGAGAAUUCAAGGUGCACGAAAUAGCCCAUUGCUGGACAUGCGGUCCAAUUACCCCGAACAGUUAAAUUAUUUGGAAAAUGAGGCUAGAGUUCAAUUAUUGAUGCAAAGAUCUCUAUCACCACAGCAAAACCUUCGAUUUUCUGAUAUUGGGAAUUCCUUUUCUCAGUUUGGUGAUUCCUAUGGCAUCUCUUCUAGGUUAAAUCAAUCACAAGUCAGUAAUCUGGCUCCAUUUCCUCAGUUGUCUCUUCAGCAGUCUAGAAAUGCAGUCUUGUCAAAUGGUCAAUUGGAUGGAUGGAACGAAGUGCAGACCGGAAAUAGUUUGGGUGUGGCCGAGCUUUUAAGAAAUGAAAGACUUGGAUUUAACAAGUUUUAUAGAGGAUACGAUGAACCAAAAUAUCGGAUACCUAAUUCUAGGGAUCUGUACAACAGAACAUUUGGGAUUUGAAAUUAUUGGACAUAUUGACCAUGGUAAAGCAAAGUCAGAAUUAGACAAACAGAAUUUUUCUGCAUUGCCGAAGGUGAUGAGGCAGGCUCAUGACAUAAAUUGUCUACUGGGCUUCCAGAUGAUUAAACUAUGGAGAAGUGCGGUUAUAGCUGCAGCUGUUCUUGAUUUGUGGAAGCAAAGUUGGGUUGAGAUUAAGAAAUCAAUCAUGAUGGAUCGGAACGUGAUAUAUUUGGCAGGUAGAUCUUAGUUGAGUGUUUUCUCUCUUGGUACAGAGCAUGGAAAUCUGUUGAUUGACUAUCAAAUAAUUUCUCUCGUAUAUUUAUUGAUAAUGUAAUUUUUUCUUUUACUGAUAUUGUGGAUAUAUAUAUAUAUAUAUAUAUAUAUAGAGGUUUGAUGAGAAUAAUUCAAUGGAAAUAAUUUUGGCAGUGGCUUUUUGUCU